AUGACCAUGACAAUUAAGUCCAGUGAGUUAAAGACGCCCAGCAGAGUGCCACUGCCCAUAUUAGAGCUCUUGCAGACAAAUAAGAAGGCUCAAAAAGAUGUGCAGACUGGUCGUGGGGUCGUUUUUGGCACCAAGGCUGCAGCACUCAUGACGAACGUCACUCACAUUGCUUGUGACCACUGGGUACCUAUACUUGUGCCAAUGGGAUUUGUCCUUGGAUGUUAUCUAGACAGAAAGAAUGAAGAAAAGCUAACUGCCUUCUGGAAUAAGAGUUUGUUGUUUAAGAGGGAAUUGAGACCCAGUGAAGAAGUCACCUGGAAGUAAAGGCUAUGACUGAAUUAUAGAAUGUUCACAUUUUAAAAA